CUAAUUAUAAUAUUCCUGAGAAAGAGAGAGAGCUUCACCUAUGGCUAUAAUUACUAAGGGUAGGUGGUAGCUAAGGAAGAAGACAAAGAGUUAUUGUUGAAGUUUUUGGUCUGAUGGCAUGGAGGGGUUUCGUUUGGUCGACCCUACCCAUCUCGUGGUCUGACUGGACUUUUGUCAACGAUUCGUUAUAUGGAUUCACAAACCCGAAGCAGGUUAUAAUUAUUACUCCAUGUCUCCUGCAAUGGCACUGAAAACUGAGACAAAGGAGGAUGAUGUUACAGUGCAGCUUGAAAGCCUGUACCAGAAAGGAGUGAAGCACCUAUGUGAUAGUGGCAUAAACCAAGUUCCCAACAAGUACAUAUGGCCUGUUUCCGACCGACCCAAUGUGAAUGAUGGGGAGCUAGAGGAAUUCAAGAAAAAUCUCAAGCUUCCCAUAAUUGAUUUCUCAGAAUUGCAAGGCUCCAACCGCCCACAAGUCCUCGAGUCCCUCGCUAAUGCUUGCGAGCAAUAUGGUUUUUUUCAGUUGGUAAACCAUGGCAUUCCAAGCGAUGCUAUAAGCAGCAUGAUUGAUGUCGGCAAAAGAUUCUUCGAGCUCCCAAUGGAGGAAAGAGAAAAGUACAUGUCUUCCGACAUGCGUUCGCCUGUCCGAUAUGGGACGAGCUAUAACCAGAACAAAGACACUGUGUUUUGUUGGAGGGACUUCUUGAAGCUAAUGUGUCAUCCCAUGUCAGAUGUCCUCCCUCAUUGGCCUUCUUCUCCCGUGGACUUGAGGAAAUCGGCUUUUACCUACGCAAAAGAAACAAAACACUUGUUUGUAAUGCUAAUGGAGGCCGUCCUAGAAAGCUUGGGACUUGUGGGAACCACAGAGAAGAAGACAGAAGAUGAAGAUGACAUUUUAAAGGACUUCCAAGAUGGGAGCCAGCUAAUGGUUGUCAAUUGCUAUCCUGCAUGCCCCGAACCCAAUCUAACCCUAGGAAUGCCACCUCACUCUGAUUAUGGAUGCCUAACACUUCUUCUCCAAGAUGAGGUCGAGGGUUUGCAGAUACAAUUCCAAGACAAAUGGGUCACUGUUGAACCAAUCGCCAACUCAUUUGUUGUCAACGUUGGUGAUCAUCUUGAGAUAUUCAGCAAUGGAAAAUACAAGAGUGUUUUACACAGAGUCUCAGUGAAUUCUAUGAAGUCUCGGAUAUCGGUGGCUUCUUUGCAUGCUCUUCCUUUGGACAGCGUGGUUAGGCCAUCGCCUAAACUAAUCAACGAAGCUAAUCCAAGGCGUUACAUGGACACGGACUUUUACAGUUUUCUUGACUACAUUUCAUCCUGUGAACCCAAGAGGAAGAAUUUCUUAGAUUCCAGGAAAAUGGGUUGAUUGGAAAAUCAAAUUCAGAAAUGGAAAAGACUUGCAUGUUGACUUAAUUUCCUAGCAUCAAUUAUAUAAAUAUGUAGCAGUAUUAAUUGAUGAAAUGAAAUGUACCUUUUUUUUUUUUUUUGAGUGGGUGGAGGUUGACGAUCAAACCCUAAACAGUAAACCCCACCUCUCACCUGCUGGUGUUAGAAGACAAUCUAAUAUAGAUUGUGUCGAGGAUGAUCUAGCUAGCUAAU